CUCAUCCCAGCUCGGGCCGCCUUCCUCGGGCCUUGAAGGGGAACAUUGCUCUACCACGACGCGACACCCCCACUCUCCACACACCCACCUUGAGACUUGAGCGCAUUCUCCCCUCUUCCGCUCUCCGCAUCAUCUCGCAUCUCAUCCUCAUCAUCCGCAUCUCUUUCGCAUCAACCAUGUCCGCUCGCUGAGCCAUGUCCGUCACUCCCGCGCGCGCUCGCGCCCUCUCCGGCGCCGGGUCAGACCCACGCCGCAACUCUGACGCGACCGCCACCUCGAGUCCCGCGUCGUCCCAGGUCGUCGGCGCUUCGCGUGCAGACCAAAUCAUCUACCGCUUCUACCUCAAGACAGUGGCCAUUCUCGUCGAUGGACGCGUGACGCACCUCAGCGCUCAGCGUGGGGAACGCAAGAAAGACCGCUGGUUCAAUCUCACUAUCGCAGACACCGAGGUACACAAGGCGGAUCUGCGCAUCUAUCGCGCAGUCUCGUCGUACACGCCAUUACCUGACCCGCCAGCGGGUACGUCACGCUCCACUGUCCCGCCACUCCUUAUCGCGUUCAUCCUCGACACGAACGACAUACCAGCCGGCCAGACGCUGCUAUGGAACCGCGAUGGCGCGCGCAUCGCUCUUGACCCUUCCCUCGUCAAGCAGGGUGGAGGGCCAGGCACUCGCCGCCCCGGCAUUGUCCUCGAGAGAUGGACGCUCCGUGUAUCGGACCAGGAAGUUGCCGACCCCGCCGCAUCCGAGAUGGCCCCGCCCACCGCAUACCGUCUCGGCAUCAUCCACUUCCGAGCGCUUUACGCGUUCAUUCGCCUGCUCCCUGCAUAUCGCCUAUUCCGCCGACUGCGGCGCCUGAACAGCGGCCUCCGCCUGGGCAUCAAGCUGUGGGGUCCAGAGGGGUAUCCCAACGGUCUUGAAGGUCUGAACGAGGCAUGGAACGUGAUGGAGAGAGAUCUUGUCGGAAUUGAUGUCCCACUCGAAUACAUGAUUCCAGGUCAUGAGCCGGAGGCUACCGCAACAUCCAUGUGCGAGCGGUACGACUUCCCCGCGCUGGACCUGUUUGGCAGCACCUACGAACUAGGCGUCGAGUACCGGCCCAACGCUGACUUUGAUGUCGAGGACAUGGAGAGCGUGCUCUCGGAGCGCUUUGUCGAUAUGGAAGAAGACUGGUUUACGCCGACAGUUGCGCGCCACCGUCUGGAGGCUGAGGCGCGCGCCGCCGGAGUCCCGCCUUCCUCCCCAUCCCCGUCCAGACCAUCACCUGUCCAAGCAUCGCCGUCUCCAGCUCGUUUCCCCAUACCCGGCAGCUCGCUGCGUUACGAGGCCGGCAGCUAUCGCGCCUCGACGGGCGCGACGCCUAAGGAACCAAGCUCGCUCGGCGCAGCCAAGUGGGGGGCACUGGGUGACAACCUGCCCUUCGCUUCCGGUGCGCAGGGUGCGCAAAGUGACACGCCACCUUCACCCAGUGCCGCCACUGGUAAUGCCGCUAUCACAGGACCCAUUCCUUACCGCCGCCUUUCGGGUCACUCCUUCCAGCCUUUCCACUCCUACUCUGCCUCCCCUUCCGCUUCAAUCUUGCGCAACCUCACGGGCGCGUCAGCGGGCACGAGUGGCACGCCAGCUGCGCCCGGCACCCCUGGCACACCCACAACGCCCGCAAGUGGGCGUGCAAUACCCGGGUUACCAUCAUCAGCUGGUCGGCAAAGCUCAUUCCUCUCCCAAUCUGGCCGCUCAUACAGUCAUGCUCAGAUGGCGCAUCUGCACGGCGGCGCAUCAGCUUCUCCUCCUAUCGGCCCUGUAGGAGGUUCACCCCCACCAUUCGUCCCCACGUCUCUCAGCUUCGCCAAGCAAGCGCUCCCGAGGCAAACCUCAUACGGGAUGCACUCAACAUCGUCGCCAUUCGUGCCUUCCUCGGUCGAGCGCGACUCGCCAUUAACGGCGCCAGCUUUGCCAAAGCGCUAUUCCUCGUCGUUGUCGCACCACCGCCGCAGCAUAGGCAGCAGUCCACAGGAAACACACGGCUUACCGUCCAGUGUGGCGUUGGCGAGAAGGCCCAGCACUCGCGAGUCAGGGCUACGCCAUAGUCUCGAUGAAGCAGCCCCCGAUAGCGACGAUGUGCAUGCCUUCCUGCGCGCGCUCGACUCUUGGACGCCCCCACCGUCGCUCGCGCCGCGGGUCUCGUCGACUAGUAUGGCUCAGUCGCAGCCGGCCAACCCGGCGGUGGCAACGACGGGGGCAACACCAAGCUCUGGGGGACGGUCACCGGCUAUGGGCAGCGGGAGUGGUAGCGGCGUGUCGGGGGCAAGGGUGCCACUGACCCGUGCCCAUGUGGACGACAUGCUCAAGCGCAUGGCUGGCAGCUUCGGUCCGACUGCGACCGGAUCGCCCAGCGCGGAACCUUCGCGACCUCCGUCCUCACAGCCGACGCCUUCUUCCAGACGUGACUCGAGUGGUUCAGCAGAGGACCAGGCAUACCAAGCUGCUGGUGUUCGACCUCUUCCCAUCGGCAGCGGCGGGGGGCUAACUGCUCAACUACCAGUCACAGGCUCGCCACGCGUAACGAGUCUCCGAAACGAAGCUACAGGCUCGCCAGGACAAGUUCCCCGUGGCUCCGUCCCGCGCGCCUCAGGCUCAUUACCUAGAGCGCCCGCAUUGGCCUCGACGCCCGAAGAGCCGCCCUGCGUUGGCGCAGCGCGCAGCCUCCCUGCUGGAACGGCCAAGACGCCCAGCCUCCCCAAGAUCGGGGGCACGACGCCCGGCUCACCCUUCCCCUCGCGACAGACGCCGAGCAAUGGUGCGGGUCUACUUUCGCCUCAGACCACCGGCGGCACUACCCGGCGCGGGCCCGUUCUAGUGCGCGGCGGCUUCGGUGCGCCGAGCGCCUCCAGCAAGGCGAGUACAUCGAGCUCGUCGCCCUCACACUCUCCGGUCAGGGAGUACCGGUACCGCUCAGGUCUGACCGCUGAACGAGAGCGCUCCGAGCGAGAGCGCGACGGCGGCUUCUCGGGUGUUGGCUUACCAACCGGGUACGGCGUCGGGGGCCUCAGUGGUCUUCCACCCGGGCCCUUCAGCUCGUUCUCGAAUGCGGGAUCGCGCGGAGCCAGCAGCACGCGCCGCACCGCUCCGAGUAGUCUGAGUGCCGACCACGACAUGCCACGCAUACGGGGCCGUGUGGCGAGCGAGGGCAGCGCGUCGCCCAUACGUGAGCGUUCUGGGUCACGGGCUCGCAGCAUGUCGCCACACUCGCCUGUGAUCGAGGGGCUAAUGGCGCGGUUGGCAUCGGCUCCCGGGCACAACAUGGCAUCAAGUCCUAGCGAGAGAUAGGUAGUCCAGCGGGGAAUUGUCUAGGUUUUUGAACGCUGUAGACCCAGAACAGUGAGUAUAUAGACUUUGGUAGAGAUUGGCCGAAGCUGGUACCAACGGAACGACUCGCAGACAUGUACAUGACUUGAAUAUGGUUACAACAUGCAUAAUGUACGCACUCGA